AUGCGCCUUUUGUUUCCAGAUCUGGGUAUAAAAUGUCCGGAACCCGAACCCCCAGAGAACGGCUUCAUCGUGGGGGUGGAGACGAGCGUGGGGUCGGUGGUGUAUGUCCAGUGUCAUCAGGGCUACAGACUAGAGGGCCCCACGCCAAUGGCCUGCAUCGUCACGGACGAGGGGGCCCAGUGGGACCCUGAGGUUAGGAGAGUUUGCGUGGAAGGCAGCACAGACUUUGAUGAAGACACGCAACAGAACCUCAACAUGGCGGAGAGCGCGGCUCAGGGGACAGCACCCAAACAAAUCAACAGAGCAGCAGUCAACAGUCAGCCAUCUUUCAUCAAAUCUAAAGCGCACCCAUCCAAGAAGCAUAGAACGGAGUUCACUGAGGCGGUUCGCGAGGAAGGAGAACCAACAGCUGAAGAACUGGAACAAGUCCCAGAACAGUGCAAGCCCAAGCCUGAGGCAGGCCCAUGUAGAGCCUUGUUCAAACGGUUCUACUUCAACCAGAUCACCAUGGAGUGCCACACAUUCUUUUACGGGGGUUGCCAGGGCAACCAAAACAAUUUCCAGUCCAUUGAAGAGUGUAAUCUGACCUGCCUACCAAAACACGAGUGACCAUCCGCAUAAAUUAUAAGAUGUUUCUGGUGGUUUGAAAGGUUUUAACUUAUGCACAACUUUCACAGUACGAAUGACAUGUUUGAAUGCUUGUUGUGUCAUUCUUUGUCAUAAUUGUUGUAAUAUAUCAAAUCCAUAAUCCCGGGUGAGCGGCAAUUUUAUUCUCUGGUCAGUUCAUCAAGGUCCACCAUACAAAAAGAAAGGACAACUUGUAUCUGAAGCCGUGUCAGAUUUGCAUAAUGUAGUGUAAUAAAUUUUACUAGGGUGUAAGUUAGAGGUAUGGUAGGAUUGGAAUGCAAUAGUUUGUUUCAAGUCAUGUUACACAAAAAAUUAAAGGCUUCACUAAAAUUAACCCAAUUCUCAAUGU